AAACAUUCAUUUUAUCCGAAGUCAAUUUUUUCCGCUCACUCAAUUUUUUUUGCAAUAAUUCAAAAUGUUGUUCACUAACUUUUUAGUCUAUGCUACUAUUGCAGUCACUGCUAGUGCCGCUCCUUUUAACUCUACUCUUGGUAAAAGAGAUGGUAAUACUUGUCAAUUUCCAAAAGGUAAAGGUUUAGUUGCCAUUACUUCUGAUAAAGAUAAUGGUGGUUGGGCCAUGUCACCAGACCAAAAAUGUACUUCUGGUAACUAUUGUCCUUACGCUUGUCCAUCAGGUAAAUUGAUGGCCCAAUGGGACACCAAGGCUACCAGUUAUAAGUAUCCAGAAUCUCAAAAUGGUGGUUUAAAAUGUAACAGUGAUGGUACUGUUUCUAAACCAUUUUCCGAUAAAGAUUAUUGUGUUGAUGGUGAAGGUACUGUUAAAGCUAAAAACAGUGCUAAUGAUCAAGUUGCCUUUUGUCAAACUGUCUUGCCAGGUAAUGAAGAUAUGUUAAUUCCAACUAAAGUUGGUGGAGGUUCUCUGGAAGAUUUAGCAGUUCCUGGUCCUGAUUAUUAUGCUGGUACUGCCGCCCAUUACUAUGUUAACCCACCAGGUGUUUCUACUGAUGAUGCAUGUUCUUGGGGUUCAAAAGACAAGAGUCAAGGUAACUGGUCUCCUUAUGUUGCCGGUGCUAAUAUGGAUGACAAUGGACAAACUUUCGUUAAAAUUGGUUGGAAUCCAAAAUAUGUUGAAGAUUUCGAUAACAAGAAACCAGAUUUUGGUAUCAGAGUUACUUGUGAUGAUGAAGGUGAUUGCAAUGGUUUAGAUUGUGAAAUUGAUCCUUCAAGUACCGGUUUUAAUGGUGUUAAAGGUUCCGAUUCUGGUAAGCAACAAGGGGCCUCUUACUGUAUUGUCACUGCUAAAAACAAAGCCUCCGCUAAGAUUGAAGUCUUCAGUAAAGGUAACUAA